AUGUUUGAUCACGGAAGCGGAUUUGAGAUCAGCGGCUUGGUUUCAUUUGGCGAUUCUUUUGCCGCGGGCAUGGGUACUGCCAAAACGACGACGGACAGAUGCCGUGUGGGUGGAAACAAUUAUGGUGAUCUGAUUCAUCAACACCUUGGAGACGAUAGAAUCUCCAUUGAGAAGAGGGUCUGCUCUGGUGACACGACAACUGGCCUCCGACGUCAGAUCGAUGAAUGGACGGGUGCGUCUCCUGCAAACAUGGCCACAUUGACUAUGGGAGGGAAUGAUCUUGGCUUCUCUAACAUCGUUUGGUACUGCGUUAUCACUCCGUUUAGCUCGCCAUUUGGGGCAAGCAACCCCGAAAAAUGCGCGGCUGCAAAGGACAAAGCCCGCGCUUUGAUGAAUGAUCUGGGAGAAAGUGGCCUGCGCUACAAGCUAAAAACUCUCUACAAGAGUAUUCUGGUCAAGGCAAAAGAAUAUGACUUUUUUCUCUUUGUCACUGGUUACUCUGGUUUCUUCAAUCAUGACACCACUGAUUGUGACAAGAGCACCUUCCAUUACCAAUGGGCUGCUUACAAUCCUCCUAGUGAUUGGCCUUUGAAUCGGAUUGUGUACCUUACCACGUCUCUACGUACAGAACUCAAUGGCCUUGUGGGGCAGCUCAACAGCCUAAUUGAGUCCGCCGUUCAAGAUGCCAAUUCCGAGCUAGGAUCAACCAAGAUUCAUUAUGUUGACGUCCAACCGAAGUUUGACAGGCACCGCUGGUGUGAGCAAGGGAUUCAUGAGCCCGAUGCCAGCGCUCCAAACACCUAUUUCUUUUUGAGCGGCUGGUCCGAUCUUCCUCUCGACAACAAUGCUGUGACAUCGUCCGAUGUCGCCGAUAUUGCCUUUCUUAUGCAGACUGGGAUCAACCUUCCAGAGGCGUCAACUUGCCAGCAAACAAUAAGCUCGGAUCCAGAUCCGUACGAGGAAUUCCUGUGUCUGGCUUCUGUUGCGAUCAAGGAAGAGCCGAAUGGGCCAGUGGCUUGGUCAUACGGGAAUGCGACCCAAGCCGUCAGAGAUGGGAAUGUGAACUCGCAGCAUAUGAAAGACUGGUAUCCUACUCGACAAAUCAAGACUUUCCACCCACGGAGCCCUGGAAUGGGACUUUACCGCGAUGCUAUCUUGGAAAAGAUCGAUGCUAUAUUAGAAUUUUAA